AUGCAGCACGACGGCGCGCUGCUGCUCAUGCUCCCGAGCUUCCGGCGCUGCCUCGAGGACGACCAGCUGCAUGCGAUGGAGAUGGCCUAUGGCAUGCGCCGCCCAGGCCAGCGCUACACGUCCUGGAAGCUCGACCCGACCAAGAUCGACGCGCUCGUCCAGGCCGAGCAAAAGGCGCGGCCGCGCUGGCCCGCGUGA